AUGGAUUACGGUGUGCCUGAGCAGAACGCCGCUGCGUACGGCGAGGAUGAGCCGCAGUAUGAAGGGCAGUAUGAAGCAGACGAGGGAAACUACAAUUCAGUUGAUAACGUAGAUGGUAGUUCAGGCUUAAAGCACGAUUCUUCCUCGUCUGCAGGAAAACUUUUCGUCGGAGGCAUUGCUUGGGAGACUUCAGAAGAGUCGUUCUGCAGGUACUUCAGGAAGUAUGGUGAAAUUACAGAUUCGGUCAUUAUGAUGGAUAAAAUCACUGGUAGACCACGAGGUUUCGGAUUCAUAACAUUUGCCGAUCCUGAAGUUGCUGAUAGGGUUCUACAUGAAGAACAUGUCAUAGAUGGCAGAACGGUAGAAGUGAAGAGAACAGUUCCCAGAGAGGAGGGUAGGGGAGGAGUAUCAAAGACAAAGAAAAUCUUUGUGGGUGGUCUUCCAUUAUCACUAAAUGAAGAUGAUCUGAGGGAAUAUUUCUCUUCAUAUGGAAACAUCGCGGACCUCCAAAUUAUGCUCGAUCACACAACUGGUCGGUCGAGGGGCUUUGGGUUUGUAACUUUUGAGACUGAAGAUGCUGUUGACAAGAUAUUCUCUGACGGUCACAUGCAUGAAAUUGGUGGGAAGCAUGUUGAGAUAAAGAGGGCCGAGCCGAAGAGAUCUGGCUUUGACAAUUCAUUCGACAAUCGGCUUCACCGUGGGGGCAACAGUUCCAAAUACUCUGGCAAUUUUGCUCGCGGCCCCGAAAGCUUUGGCGGUGCAUAUGCUGGCAAGAUUGGCAGAGGCUAUGGUGGUGGCUAUGGCAGUUAUGGUAAUUACGGGGGUUAUGGCAACUUUGCCGGAGAUUAUUCCAGCGGGGCCGCCGGAUUUUAUGGCGGCGGCGGGUAUGGCGGUGGAUAUGGAUACGGAUAUGGAUUUGGUGGUGGGCCAAUGUACGGUGGUGGUGGUGGUUAUGGAGGUGGCGGUUUUGCAGGCCCCACUGGCUAUGGUGGUGCUGGUGGUUAUGGUGUAGGUAAAGGGUUUGGUGGGCCCGGUGGUGGAUACGAUGGCGGGAGAGGGUUUGGAGCUGGUGCCGGAGGCUAUGGCCCGGCAAGAGGAGGAUAUGGUGGUCCUGCCGGAGGCUUUGGCGAUGGAUAUUCCGGUAAAGGGUAUGGGAAUGGUAAUGGGGCAAACGGCAGGUUUCAUCCAUACCGGAAGUGA